AUACCGGAAGUGGAGUUGUUGCCCCAGAGCUCCUGUCAUGUGAUAGCUCGUCCGAGGAGCUGCUGCUGCCAGGAGGUUCCCCCCGGACGAGGCUCCAGUGAACCAGGCGGCAGAGCAGCAGUUGUCUGCCCGUCGGAGAAGACUCAUCCGGCUCGAGUCGCCUCGCCCCCGGACGCGGACAUGGGGUGCUGCUUCAGCAGCGAGAACGAGACCGCCGAGCAGGACCCUGAUGAACGUAAGCCGCUGAUCCCCCACCCGAACCCCGUCAGCAAACCCCCCAAUGGGGCGGACUGGAUCACCACCAGCGUCCCCUCGGCGAGGACGGACGAGCAGGCGCUGCUCACCUCCAUCCUCACCAAGACGGCUCAGAACAUCAUCGACGUGUCGGCAGCCGACUCCGUCAUGAUGGAGCAGCACGAGUACAUGGACAAAGCUCGGCAGUACAGCACCAAGCUGGCCGCGCUGAGCGGCGCUCUGCCCCACAAGAAGGCGCUGGCCUCCCUCACCAGCCAGCCGCACCAGGUGCUCGCCAGUGACCCGGUGCCGUACUCGGACGUUCAGCAGGUGUCUAAGAUCGCGGCGUACGCCUAUAGUGCCAUCUCCCAGAUCAAAGUGGACGCUAAAGAAGAACUCGUGGUCCAGUUCGCCAUUCCUUGAUUCCCCCCCCCGGCACGCUGUCCCCCCCCCCCCCCCCUCUCACUCUCUCUCUCCCUCCCUCUCUCUCCUCUGCACCGUCACCUUCCUGCCGCCCUUUAUUAAAGCAUCUUGUGCUUCGCUAUGCAUCCAACCUGUUGUGGAGGCGGAGCCAACGGAGGACUGUCUUUCAGUCUACUUCAAUCAUGUGUCCGUUACUAAGGGUCGCCAUGGCAACGGGAGCUGUUAGACGGGCUCAUUCUUACGUUCCCGUGGAUCUCAGACUGGGAAAACAAAUCCUCCCGGUUCCUCCUGCUCGGCUCUGAUCUUUGAGGCGGUUUCAGGGUCUCGGUUUCUAUACUUAGUUAUUUCCCCUCCGCCGCUUAUCAGGAUGAAAACGUUCUCAGCGAUUCACACGCGUCUUUAAUUCUGUUCUUUGGGAGGAAAACAUUUAGAGAAGCGCAGCCGGAUGAAAAAGAGUUCGGAGGUUCUAGUUCAGGAGGCCGUACGGCCGCAGGUCUGAACAUCCCAUAAUAAUCUGGUGUCGCACCGAGACGACGACGGCCUAAACCAGUCCGAGCGACCCGGCGACGCACUGUCGUCAUGGUUACCGGUUCAGAACCAGCGGGGAGCGGUUUAGGUUGUCGGUGGGUGACCUGAUGAUGACCUCUGGUGACCUCUGGAGGGCGGGGAGCGGGCCGACUGUCACACGGGGGUGGUGGGGGGGGGGGGGGGGGUGUUCUCCAGUUUACAGGCAGUAGUCUCUUUACAUAUGACCCCAGAAGGUCACGCGUGAGGGGGGGGCGGGGCUUCAGUGACGGCCAUCAUGCAGCCACGCCCCCUUUCUGUACAGACACUUCUUUUCUUCUGAUUUGAAAAUCUAUGAAACCAGAUGAUGGAUCGGACGAAGUUCCUCUUCUUCGUCAGGAGUGGUUUGAGAUCUCGUGGGACACAAAUAAAUGUUUUUAUGAAACACGAGACAACUUUUAAGGAAUUCGUCUGUCGGCUUUUUAAUUGUAGCUCAUCGUGAUGACGUCGUUCAUAUUGAUCAGAAACUAAACGCCCCACACACAAUGAUCCCACAACGCUGUGAUUAUUGAUGUGUGUUUUUAAAUGUUUGCUCUUGGGCGUAGAGCACAUGCGUGUGCGGCCGAGCCGCCCGGAGCCUCAAAAGGGAUCGUCUGCAAGGCCGAGAUUUAUUAUUUCACCCACGCCAUCGAGUUGAGCUUGCUUUUUUUUGUUGCGGUUUUUUGUUGUUUUGUUACUCAAAUGUGUUAAACUACCUGAAAUAUGUUUGUAAUAUCUUUAGGCGAGAACCCAGAAAGAGUUUUAAGAAUUUUUAUUUAAUUUUUGGUUUAAUUAAUUCAUUAAAGAUUUUCAACAUAA